UCUUGCCCUCCUACCUUCACUGUUUUGACUGGAGGGAGUCCCCCAAUCCCGCUCACGUACUGCAUCGCUGUAGACAUCAGACAGGCUGUAGAUGUCCCGUCCCGUCUGCAGCAGUUUGCCUCAGCACCUUGCCUGCCCGACAUGCCCUUGGAUAUUACCGGCCCUCCUCUUGCGAGAAAGUACUGUGGAAAUAUAGAAAUCACUAAACACUAACAGAGGACAUCGCAGUAGGAGCGAGCGUACCUGGAUUCUUGACACUUUUACGCUGCGUCUGAUAUAAAGGAUUUUUUUAGUCGGUCUAUACUUUUUUUUGUUGUUGUACCGACUUUUCCCAAAUCGACGUGUAUGGAUCUAGCAUGGCUACGUUUGCAUGCAGGGUGCAGUUCUUAGAUGAUACUGAUCCAUUUAAUAGCACAAAUUUUCCGGAGCCGACCAGACCCCCACAAUUCACAUUCAGAGAGGAUAUUCCGCUCAUCAAUCAGAUCGCUGGAGUUCACAGACUUCUGAAAGCCCCACACAAGCUCGAUGACUGUGCUUUACAGUUGUCUCAUAAUGGCAGUUAUCUUGACUUGGAAUCCACCUUGGCCGAGCAGAGAGAUGAAAUUGAAGGAUUUCAGGAGGAUGGAGGGAGAGGAAAGAAGCACAGUAUAAUCCUGAGAACACAGCUGUCUGUCAGAGUCCAUGUCUGCAUAGAAAAGCUCUACAAUUCAACCGGACGUGAGCUGCGAAGAGCACUGUUCUCUCUCAAGCAAAUCUUUCAGGAUGAUAAAGAUCUGGUGCAUGAGUUUGUGAUGGCUGAAGGACUCACAUGUCUUAUUAAAGUGGGAGCUGAGGCUGACCAAAACUACCAGAACUACAUCCUUAGAGCUCUUGGACAAAUCAUGCUGUAUGUGGAUGGAAUGAAUGGGCUUAUCGGACACAAUGAAACUGUACAGUGGCUUUACACACUGGUUGGAUCAAAGUUCCGGUUGGUUGUUAAAACUGCUCUGAAGCUGCUGCUGGUUUUUGUGGAAUACACUGAGUCCAAUGCACCUCUACUCAUCCAAGCUGUCAACACCGUGGACACCAAGCAAGGCUGUAAGCCAUGGUCAAAUGCCAUGGAGAUCUUGGAUGAGAAAGAUGGAAUGGACACUGAGCUGUUGGUUUAUGCCAUGACCCUUAUUAACAAGACAUUGGCUGGGCUUCCUGACCAGGACACAUUCUAUGAUGUGGUUGACAGUCUGGAGGAGCAGGGUAUGGAGGCCGUGGCCAAGAGACAUGUCAACAGGAAGGGCACAGAUCUGGACCUAGUGGAACAGUUCAAUAUCUAUGAGUCAACCCUUCGUCAUGAAGAUGGUGAUGAUGAGACACAACCUCCUCCAUCCGGACACAAAAGUCGGCGUCGGGCCAGCGUAGGGGCCACUCCUGAGAGGCGGGGUUUAGAACGUCGCCGCAGCCGAAGACACUCGCUCCAAAAUGGGAAAGGCCACACUUCUGCUCCUUCUUCCCCCUGCCACAGCCACACACCCAACAUCCUGGCCCUCAAUGGCCAGAGGAUAGACGAUAUCAGUGAAAGAGAUGAGGAAGAGGAGGAGAAGAAUGAGGAGCUUCAUAAAACAGAGCUGUCUAGACAGGCAUCCGAAAGCUGGAUGUCAUCAACAGUAGAUGAAGCUUCUAGCUUGUGUUUGCCUUUAAAGUGCAUGGUCAACUUCAUUCCCAAUGCUGCUGAUGCAGACAAUGAGGAAAACCUCCGGGACAGGUCUGGGGUUAAGGUUAUCCACAAGGCCCCAGUGUCCUCCCCUCCUUUUACCCCAGAUUUUGGCCCCCCGAUAUCACCCAGACUGUCUUCUUGGGCUACGGUCAGGUCCUUGGGGGCCCUCCCGUCCCGGGGUUCCUCUGUCACCUCCUCAGCCUCCACCUCCCCAAACGAAGACCCCCUGCCCCCUGUCCUUCCACUGCUCUCUUCCACCCUUCUUCCUACUUGCCCAGUGGAUUUGGACAAGGUGUCUGUGGGCACUCCGCAGGGUCGAGACCCAGACAAGCACUGCAGUCUGUCAGAUGUUAGACACUCAAACACAUCAUACAGUUCAUGUGGCAGUAAUGGCUACGCAGGUACGUAUCCUGGCCGGUCAUCAGGGGUGUCCAGUGCCCCCUCCACACCCUACAACCGCUUCGGCCCCUCAGGAGGAACACCUGCAGACAGUAAGCCUGACAGGUCUACUCUUGGUGGAUUGUUAACCUCCUCCUACAGGCAGCACCAGGAGUCUCUAAAUGCUGAACGUGAGCGGAGGCGCCUGGAAAGAGAGGAGAGACUUCAGCGCAUUGAAAGAGAAGAGAGAAACCGUUUCAAUCGGGAUUAUGAAGACAAGAGAGAAGAGGUCAGACAAGCUCGAGAAGAAAGAUAUAAGCAACUGGAGCGGCUGGCAGCAGAGGAAAACGAAAGGGAACGACCAAGACUGACAACACGGGGGCGAACAGAAAUCACCCUCAGCCUGAGUUCACGAACCUCCAGCAGCUCAUUAUCUCGUUCUGCCACCCCUUUGACUGCAGAGGCUCAAGAGGAUAAACGCUCUGUUCCACAUCCGACACGAGGAACUGAGUCUGAGGUAAGCCGUCCGGUGCAGGCAGUAGUUGUGUGGCCUUCCUCAGAGCCUCCCUCUGCCUCAGUGUCUGUGCCGGUCUCGCCCUCUAAACCAGAGGAGGAGCAGAGACCUGUGGAAACGUCAGACAUCACACUCUCUCUGUCUCCAACAACCUCUGAGCCAGAGAGACCUGAAACAGAGGAGAAAGCGGAGGAUGCUGAAGCCGAAGAGUAUAUGGAAAUGGUGUUGAGUGGAAUGGAAGAUGAAAAGAAAGAAAAACCAGAAGGAAACUUUGAGGAAGAUGCUGAUGGAACGGGUACAGAGGAAUGUGUGAGAGAACAGAUGUUGGAGAGGGAUGUAGAGGAGGGUGCCAUCCUGAGUGAGAAGGAAAGGCAAAAUGAGGAGCUGAAUGAGAAAGAUAACUGCUCUGCCUCCAGCAUCUCCUCAGCCAGCAGCACUCUGGAGAGAGAAGAACGAGAGGAGAAACACGUCAGUGACAGUGACUCAGGACAGUGGGGAGACUGUAUGAAUACAGUGGAUGUGAACGAUCAGUGCAACAAAGUUCUUAACAGCAAACGCUUCAUGCUGGACAUGCUGUAUGCUCAAAACAAGAAGGGAGAAGAAGAUGAGAAAGAAAAGGAGAAUGAGAAAGGGUGUUCAGGUCAGGACUCCUCUGUGACCAGCCUCACUAGUCGCAUCUCCACUCUGGAGGUGCGUCGGCAAACUUGCGAGGAUAACAUGAAGAAAUUGGAAGUGGAUCAUCUGGAUAACCAGGGUAGCGUACGGGCUGUGGCCGAGAAAUUUGGAGAUUUGGUUAAAGGACUGGUAUCACCUCAUGAAGUGGAGCAUUCUGGGAAGGAAACGCAGCAAUCACAGGAAAAACCUCUGCCGACUCCUUCACCAACACCCCCUAAAAAGGAGUCAGACCACAUAUGGGACCAGCUGAUUGCCACGCCACGGGAACUACGCAUCAAAGAGCUGGACUUCACGGACUUGGGAGAGGAGGAUGAUGUGGACAUUUUGGAUGUCAGUAACGUGAUCGGGUCAAGUGACCUCACGCCACCUCCUCCCCCACCUCUUUUCUUGCCCAGCCUUCCGCCCCCACCACCUUUAUUUGGAUGCCCUCCACCUCCCCCUAUCCCUGGCAUGAUGAUGCCCCCUCCACCACCUUUUUUGGCUUCAGUACCUCCCCCACAUCUCGGAUCUCCUCAACUUAGUCGAGGAGAACCCCUGCUCUUCCAGAAGAAAAAGAAGACCAUACGGUUGUUUUGGAAUGAGGUCAGACCUAUAGACUGGCAGUACAGCAACCACAAGAGUUGCAGAGAGUCACUGUGGUCCAAACUUGAUGCGGUCAAACUGGACACAGCCAAGUUGGAAAACCUCUUUGAGACGAAGUCCAAGGAGCUGCCAGUUACAAAGAAAACAGCAGCAGAUGGGAAGCGUCAGGAGAUCAUCAUUCUGGAUUCCAAAAGAAGUAAUGCCAUCAACAUUGGCCUGACUGUCCUGCCGCCUCCUCGCACCAUCAAAACAGCCAUCCUCAACUUUGAUGAGUAUGCCUUGAGCAAAGAGGGCAUAGAGAAAAUCCUGACAAUGAUUCCUACGGAGGAGGAGACGCAGAAGAUUCAGGAGGCCCAGCUGGCGAACCCUGACACUCCACUAGGCAGUGCAGAGCAGUUCCUCCUCAUUCUAUCCUCCAUCAGUGAACUGUCCGCCCGCUUGCAGCUCUGGGCAUUUAAGAUGGACUAUGACGCUUUAGAGAAGGAAGUAGCAGAGCCACUACAGGACCUGAAGGAGGGCAUGGACCAAUUAGAAAAGAAUAAGACCCUGCGCUACAUCCUUUCAACUCUGUUAGCUAUUGGCAACUUUCUCAAUGGGACCAAUGCUAAAGGCUUUGAGCUGAGUUACCUAGAGAAAGUUCCUGAGGUGAAGGACACCGUUCACAAGCAGUCUCUACUGCAUCACGUCUGCUCCCUCGUCGUGGAGAAGUUUCCAGAGAGUUCAGACCUCUACUCUGAGAUUGGAGCCAUUACUCGCUCUGCUAAGGUUGACUUCGACCAGCUCCAGGAAAACCUAUGUCAGAUGGAAUACCGCUGCAAAGCAUCCUGGGACCACCUGAAGGUCAUCGCCAAACAUGAAAUGAAACCAGCCCUCAAGCAGCGCAUGUCAGACUUCCUUAAAGACUGUGCAGAAAGAAUUAUCAUCCUUAAAAUUGUGCAUCGCCGCAUCAUAAACAGGUUUCACUCAUUCCUGCUGUUCCUGGGCCACCCACCGUACGCGAUACGAGAGGUGAGCAUCCACCGCUUCAGUAAGAUUCUGAGUGAAUUUGCACUUGAGUAUCGCACCAACAGAGAGCGAGUGCUGCAGCAGAAACAGAAACGAGCCAAUCACCGCGAGAGGAACAAGACACGGGGCAAAAUGAUCACAGAGAGUGAUGAGGAAGAGGAUGAUGAGAGUGGGAAGUUUGCAGGAACUUCUCUGGAGGGUCAGGAGUGUCAGCCGCAGGGUUUGGGUUACACAGAGGACGCAGCUGAACAUGAGCAGAUGACUGCUGUACUUCGUACCAGCCUGCAGAGCGGCGAUAGUCCAUCCUCUGUACUCCCCGGCCUCCGCACACGGACUCGAGUCACUCGAGGCCAUACAGCACUUUUGUCUGCUGCAAAUGAAGACACUUCUAAUUGCACAAAUGAUACAGCGGAUGAGAUCAUGGAACGGAUUGUGAAAUCAGCCACUCAGGUCCCGAGUCAGCGCACACAGCCCCGCGAGAGGAGACGCUCCAGAGCCAACCGCAAAUCCUUAAGAAGAACACUGAAGAAUGGUCUUACGCCAGAGGAGGCGCAGGCGCUGGGAUUGGCCAGCAGCUCUGAGAUGCAAGUGUGAGACAGCAGCCGCUCAGGGUCUCGGCACACAAAUGAGCUGAAACAGGUCACUGUAACUUGAGUUUGCUUGAAUCUGGAGCAGGUGCAUGUUUCUGGGCUUGAACGGUUAUUGCCGUGGACAAUUUGUAUUCUUACAGGUGAAAGGGAUUAUAAUCACUAACCCAUUAUACUUUACUUAUCCUGGAACAUGUAGUCAGCCUUACUCCAUUUACUAGCUUAUGCAUUUUGUCCCAAGAGGAUCAUUGAAACUACUCAGGUGCAUGUUCACUGUUCCUGCAGAUUGUUGAUGAUAUCCCAAACAUCCGUUUUAUUGCAUUUUUGAAAGAGAGCAAGCACAAUGUCCUGAUGCACAACAUUUAUAGAUGCACGCACACACACACACACAGCCUCCAGAAUGCGGAUGGUCAAGUUCUCCAGUACAGAGACCAAUGUCCGUCUCUUACCGCUGUGGCCUUCAGAAUGAUCCCAAAGAACUGUGUUUGAAGAUGACUGGAUGCCCUCCCACCAUUUUUGUUUGUACUGGCUGUUUGUUGAAUAUUGAGUAGUAGCACCUUUAGCGUUCCUAUCUCAUGUAAAUCAGCAGCGAUUCUUCUCUGGUUUACUGAUGUGGUAAAACUCGUUUUGUGUUUGUUUUACCUGUUUUGAAAAAGCAGGGCUUCUUACGUUAGGGAGAAAAAAAAUCUUAAAACCUUUUUCUUUAAUUUCUGCUGAACCUUGAAGUCUCCUUUUGUGAUUGAAACCUGUUUAGCUUGGAUAAAGAUGAUCAAAUUACUUUGCACACAAAAGAGAACCAACUAGAAAGUCGUCUUUCUCUUUUUCUCUCCAGCUUGUGUCAUUUCAUCAUACACUAUCUCUAUUGCAACAUGCGAAAUUAGACAAUUGUCUAUUUAAAUGAAAGAACUUCUAUCCAUUUUUUUUUUUUUUUAAUGAUAGCAUUAUCAAAUGAGUGCCUUGAAGAAAUGUGUUUUUGUGAGAAUCUGAUUAUUUGGUCAGGAAAGGAAGGAAGAGAGAAACAUUCAGAUUUUAGGGCAUUUCAAAGGAUAUAUAGUUGACCCAAAAAUGUUGAUUUUGUCAUUAUUUCCUCUACAUUAUUCUAAACCCAUCUGGAAAAUUUGGAUAUAAAUUGGAUAUUUUGAUCAAGUUUGAGUUAAAAGUUAACUUUCUAGUGAUCAGUGAAUAAAAAGUUGUUCUGUUUGUCACAGAAGGUUAUCAUAUGACUUCAAAAAUGACUGCUUUUUCUGAACAAUUGGUCAAAGUACAUGGAUGUAAUGGAAAAGAGCUGCAUGAUGAUUCUUCAAAAUACUGAACAUUUUUACAGAACCACAUUGGUCAUAUCGGUUUGGAGAAAUUUAAUUAUACAAUGUUAGCAAGAUUUCAUUAAAAAUGAAACCCCCUCCCUUCCCCCCUCAUUGUGGAACCAAUCAACCAAGGUUUUUUUAUUUAAUUUAAUUUUAUUUUACAAAAUAGCAGAUGCACAUCCAUUUUCAAUUAUAGUAGUACCAUUCAGCACCUUAUCAUGUGUAGCAUGCAAUUUCGAAAGGAAUUGGAAAAUUUAGUAUUUUAGACUUUUCACCUUUUUCCCUCAGAUUUUUAUUCUGAGUAGUAUGUGGAUAAGAGAUUAGAUACAUGUAAAGUAGAACCUUGACAUGAGAAAGAUGCUGUAAAAUUGUGUAAAUGUCACUUAAACGUUUUUUUUAUUUUUUGUUGUGUUCAUGUUUUGUUUGUAUUUUGUAUAGUAUAGUGUAUCAUAGGUCAAAAGCAGUGUUAUUCUGUGCAAAUCCUAAUUUAAGAGAAAAUAAGCCAUGCAUGGUUCAAACAAUAACAAAUGUGUCAGCAGGCGAUGUCAUUAUUUUGUGGCUAAGUGGAUGGAGCCUGUGAUGUCCCAAUACCCUGUGAACGUAGCUUUUGUUUCAUGUGUUUACGCAGCACAGACUUGAAACAUUGUCAUGCACCCAUCAGCCCUGCUCAAAUGGCCUUUGAUAUUAUUGCACUCACAUACAGAGUUUCACCCAUUGCUUCAAGUGCCGUAAAUGUUGGUUUUGAAUAAAAGAUAGAGAAUGUGAAAAUCUGACUUCUAAAUUCCAAAAGGUUGAGGAUUUUCUGUACUUUGCAAUAAAACGCUUUUACAGCAACAUCCA